AAAGGACGACGAAGAUCAUUCGAGCUCGAGUAGAACACAAUACAAUCACCAUUAAGAUAAUUUGAGUUGUGUGAUAAUAGAAGCAAACAUUGUGUUAUGAGUCAAAUUCAGCAAUCACAAUUCAGUACCGUAACCGCCGUUCGGCCAGUAGCUAAACUGGAAGGAAGUAGUGAGUGUCUUAAGUUAUUGUGUGUGCUCUAAAAAUGACAAGAAUUUUGUGAAUUGCUUUGGUGAAGGAGGUGAUUUACCAGAAACAAUGACUGACAAUGAAGUAUCCAUAAAACCAGAUUGUUGGCAGAAUAACGAGAUGUUAGAGUUGAUUAGUGAGGAGUCUCGUCCAUCGCUGUAUAGUCUCAGUAUGAGUGAAUGUAGUGACACGACACUUGAUCUUGAAGGGUUUGAUUGUAGUGACAGUCCAUCUAAGCAUGGUCCAACACCCCUGGAAAACAAUUUUUUAAACGAAAAGGCUUCUCAGUCAAUGUAUGAAAUCACAGAAAAAAAUGAAACAUCAGUAAAUGAGGAAUCUGCCAAUAAUAUGAAUCAAUCUUCGAAUAAUAAAUUUAGAAAAUGCUUAUCGCUGCAUGAUGUAUCAAACAUACUUCCUCUACCUCUAACAAUGAAAUCUGCUAACACAAUGUCCUGUGAAACUAUCCACAGUCAGUCAUUGUCUUCAACAACAAAGUCUAAAGACUCAGGAUUUCAGAGAUCUGUGAGUUUUGUAAGUCUGGCAAGUGGUAGGAGGAAUUACGAUCAUGUCCAAAGUAAGGUAAAAGCUUAUAUAAUGAACAUCAAGGAAUCUGAAGCUAUUAGAAAAAGAAAUAAACUAGCACAAAAGACAGUAGAGAUUAGUGAACCGGGAAGCCUUGUUGAUGAGAUCGACAUGGUUUUGGACAAGGAAGAUCUUAUAUUGAAAAUUCAGGAAUUGAAACAUGAACUUCAGGAAAAAGCCAUUUAUAUUGAUGCACAACAGAGGAACUACAAUAACCUGUUGUUAAAACUAGCAGAAGCAAAAAACACUAUUGAUUCGUUAAGAUUACAAAGAAUAAGUUUGAAUUACAGUAGUAGUUUGAAUAACUCCCAAAACCUGUCAUCACAGUUCAAAAGUAUAGAUUUUGACUUCUUAGAAAAAGAAAUAAACAGGAGAAUUAAAGAAACCGAACUAAAUAAAAACUUAACCAAGGACAUAAAUGUUUGUGAACAAGUAACUCCAGUAAAAGAAGAGAGAUGUUUAUCAAUAGAAACUUCUACCUGCUCUUUAACAGAAGUUUUUACACCAAAAAACCAUUCUACACCAAAAGCAAAUGAAGCCAAAUGUUUGAGUCCAGUUAGUAAAAUGUUUAGCAGUUCUUCAAGACUAGAUAAAAAUUAUAAACCAUUAGGAAAUCUAAGGAAUCAAAUAAUUAAUUCAAAUGUAUCUUCUCAGUCAUUUAACCACUGCAGUCCACAAUUAGAUUGUUCUCAGUAUUUACCUAGAAAGGUAAAAGUCAAGACCCCAAUUGGGACAAGUUCUAAGUUGAAACCUUCUUGUAUUAAGGCCAAGACUAGUGGAUACCAGAAGACGCAGACUUCGCACAUAGAUCUGCCUAAUGAUAAUCCAUAUGAUAAAGUGAAAAAAUGGCAAGCAUCUCUGCCAAACAUCAACUUGUUGCAGACUCAGAGCUCGUCUGAAGGUGAAUGCCAUGACACUGAGCUACAGGGUGUAGAAAUUGGCUCUCUGCUCUCUGAAGAACUGGUGUCUAAGUGUAAAAUAAGUCACUCUGCUAAUCACAGGCCUAAGAAUGCAGUGAGCAAGAAACAAUCAAAAAUGCACUCUUUUAUGAAUAACUUAUCAAACACUAGUACCGUUCCUGAGUUUGGAAUAAAUGAAAACCAAAAAUUGAAUAAGGAACAGAUUAAAUCAAUUAGAAGUCAAGUAGAAAAAAUCAAGUGUUUAGAAGGGAGAGCAUCAGAUGUUAAGAACAUUUUUAAGAAGCAGAGCCUUGUUUUUCCUGCUCCAAUUGGUUUUCAAGAUUCUUCAAUUUCAGAAAGUGAAAGCCAUCUUCCCAAGUCAUCUUCCUUAACAUCAAUGGCAGAUAGAGUUUUAAACAAUGACAGUGAUGAGGACAGUUCUAGCAUAUCGUCUUCAGUGUUGGGGUCCACUACACCCUCUCCUGCCACUUCACCCAUCAAGAGGAAGUCAGCUUUUAUUGAACCAAAGAUUUUAAAUAAAGUUCCCAAGCUAAUCACAAACAAGACCAAUGUUGUACUGAGGAAACCAAGGCUUAAUGUGACAUUAGAAAGUAUCCCUCAAGUAAAACAGAAGUUUUCGCACAAAUGUUCCACAAAUGGCGAGAAUUCUCGCAAUAUGAUCUCAUGUCAUAUAGCAGAAUCAAGUGAGAGAAAAGCCUGGAAUAAUAGAAACAAUGCUAAUUUUUUUGUCUGCAAGGAUUUCUAUUUUAAGAAGAGUAGCUCCCUGGAAGACUGUCUCAACUUGAUGGAAGGGAUGGUCCAGACAGGAACAUCCAUCAUCGAGUCAGCUCUUGACCGCUCCCACUCCUAACCUUUUGUGUACAAUAUGUGUCAGUAGUUUUGUUAUAUUGAUCUUAUGUGAAUUUCACCUGUAUAAUUUUGUUAUUUUAUUUGUUAUUUUACUUAUUUUAAGUAGCUUUCUUGCCAGUGCCAUAGUAAAGGUUAGUCAUGUGUUUACCAUUUUUUUAAUUAAUGCAUUUUUUGCAUUUAGGUGCUAAUUAAUUUUUAAUUUAACUUGUGUUAGAAUAAGUUUCUUGGGUCUGUCUUAAAAUGUUUGGUUUAUAUGUUGUGUUUGUUUAAAAUGAUCUGACAAUAGAUUUAGUACAUUAAAACACUUUAGAUUUGUACUAAUUGUUUAUCAGUUUUAAAUAGAAUCAACUUUUGAAACAAAUAUUCAAAUAUGUUAUGUUUAAACUUUAUGUAUGAGGGUCAUUCAGUAAAUAACAUGACAAACUGCUGCAAUGGAAAAUUGUUUCUUUAAUUUAUACAAAACUUUGGCUAUCUUUUAACUUAGUCCCAGCAACAUUUAUACACUUCUACAAUUAAUUGUUCUUCUACUUUGUGUAUGGGUCGAUCACAAAGUAACUUUUGCACCUUAUAUUUAACUUCUUUUUUGGUUCAAAAAUGUUUCCCACGUAAAGCCUCUCUAAGAGGUCCAAAUAAAUGAAACUCCUAUGGGGCAAAAUCGAGGAUAGGAGGAUAUGGAAGGAUCUCUUAUCUGUGUUAUUGAGGUGUUCCUGAAGUGUACUGGUGAACAUUUCCGUGAAGCAAAAUUAAACCUUUAGUCAAGAGUACGAUGUUUCAUUUGAAUGGCAAUCCUUAUUUUGUUUUUAACCAUAUCAUCGUAACACUGUUGUUGAUUGUCCAUUGAUCUUUAAUAUAGUAACAAUAAAUAGGCUCUUGCAAAUCCCAGAAUACUGUUAGCAUGAUGGAAUUAAUGAACUCGUGUGUUUCCAUAGGAGGCUUUACCAUGUAGACAAGGACUCAAAAUGGUGUAUAAAAGCUUUGUGACAUGUUAACCCAACCGAAUGUUUGUUCAAUGAAACAAUGUAUUUUAAACUAUGAUGUGUGUGUUAUCUUUUACUGCAGCUAAUUCUGAAUAUUAUACACCGACACUCAUAUGCACUUGUUUAGCUGUCAGUUCAAUAAACCUAUUCUUCUGAAUUAAUCAAGACAGAAAGUUGCAACUUCAACUGGUUUUAGAAAAUACCAGCUCUUUAUAGCAGGUAUUAGAAAAUUACACCGCUUUCACACCGUUUUGCAAUAAAAUUCUCUUGAACAGCUUAUGAGAAAGUACAAAAAUGCCAACUUAGCGCACUGAAACUAUUAUAUUUUAAAACUAUUGAACAUGUUUCUGAGGUACAUUUACUUAUUUACCUCUCUUGUUACUUAGUGAAUGACCAUUGUAUUUCUUAAAAAUCUCUGAUUAGUAAAUAGUAAUUGUUUCAAUUAUUAAAUUUAAAUCACUCCUAUUGGCUUCUAUACAGCCCAAUAUUUAUAAAAAUUAAUGACUGAUAACAUGAUGCUGAUGUAUUUUGUACAUCAGAUUUGAUAUUCUGUUUUAUACAGUUUAGCAUUUUCAGAAUUUGUUGUAUAUGUACUAUUUUAAAAGUUAUAUUUUUUAUUCAAUGUAAUCGAUGUUAAGACUUGACAUUUUAAAUCUGAUGUUGAUUUUAUCGCAUUAGAUAUGUGCUAUUUUGUGUUUUAUUUAGAAAAGUAAUAAUUACAUAUAAUCUAUGCAUAUAAUAUUUUGAUAUUUUGUUAGAUUAUGUUUUUGUGUUAGUACAAAUUUUUAUUAAUGUAAGAAAGUUUGUGUUUAGAAAGAAAAAAAGAAAGUAGUUUACAUAAAAUAAUAAUUUUAUGGUUUGUCUUGUUUUGUGCUGUGAUGUGCUCUUCUUCCUUUAUUAUUAACCAAGACUCUGAUACUCUCUAUCAUUAACUGUAACAUUUUAUAUUCUUUUUUAUCUGUUUUAUACCUGUAUUUAUUAAGCAGUUGUGAGUUAUAUAAUAAUAUGAAUUGUGUCUAAGGGCUGUCAAUUAUACUGAACAAUAUAUUUUGAAUAAUAGAAAACAUAAUUUUUUGAUGGUACAAAUUAAUGUAAUAUUUUUAUAAUAAUUUGUUCACUAAAGACACUCAUAUUGGUUGUUGAAAACUUAUCUUUCUAUGUUUUAAAUGCAUUCCAUGUAUUUUUUAUUUGCGUCUUCUCAGCCAUUCUCAACUAUAAGGUUAGUGUACAUGUGAGUAGCCCUCGGAACAUAGACUACUACUCUCCAAACCAUAUUUCUUGAGUUUGUUUACAGAAGGUAUCAUAUGUAUAUAUAUAUAUAUAUAUAUAUAUUUAUUUAUUUAUUUAAGAUUAUAUUUGGACAGUAAUUGCAAAUCACUUGUAAGUGUUGCAAAUCACUUGAGCUAGGUGUUGAAAAUUUAUAUUUAAGAAUCCCUUCAUCAAGCAUUUGUAUAACAUUUUUAAUUAAUGUAUCAAGUUUAGACUUAUGCUGUAUGAAAAUUUAGUUAAUAUUUAUUAAUUUUUUAAAUUGAAACCUCUAUUACGAUAACUAUCUAUGAUUUUAGGUAGACAAUUUCCUCAGACACUGUAACUUAUUUGUCACGUUAUGUUUAAAAUAAUUAAAUUUAUUUCAAUUCACUUUAGAAAGAGAAUUUUUCUAAAUUUGGUUUAUUGCUAAAAUUUUCUUUAAAAUAUACAAUAAAAAUUCAAAAAUACAAUCUGUUGAUAUUUUUGCUUAUACAGUGCAUAUUGGCUCUCAAGUUCUAGAUUAUUAGAAAAUUGCUCAAAAGCUGACAUAUAUACACUACCAAUAUUUCUCAUACGUAGGUACUGCCUGAGAGUGAAUAACACAAAAUGUAUAUCUAGCCUAAUAAACAUUGAUUAGUCUGUGUUGUACUAAAUAUGUUUGAUAGGUUUACUAUUAAAAUGGUUGUUUGCUUAAAUAGGUGUACAUUAUAAUGUUUUAAUGUCAGGAAACUAAUAUUGCCAUAUAAUUCUGGUAUUGCAAUCAUGGCUAGGAAGCAUUGAUAUUGACAGCUUCUGUAAAUAGCUUUGUUACUGUAUUUAAUUUCAUCUGUACUGGGUUCUUUCUAACAAUACGAGCACUAUGUGGGCCUUUACAUGUCAAUGAGAUUAUCAUCUAACUAAAAUGAGCGAAGCAACAUCACUACUGAAAUGGGCUUUAGACACCAAAGUUGUAUGUGUAACCUUGGUUGAUGACUUUCAUCUAAAUGACGUCUUGGAUUUUGAAGUAACGAAUAAUAUUUUUUUUUACUAGAUUUAAAAGUUCAAUUCAGUUUUUGCAAACCAAGCAUAUAUUUCUCAACUUUCAAGAACAUCAGUUUUUUUCUGGAAUCCCUACAUGUUAGAUUUAAAAAUUUGGUAUCCUUUGAAAUGAACUAAAAGUAUUUUAAAUCAUUAUCAAAGCGUAUAGUGGAGUUCAGCUAAUCCAAAUCAAGUCUGAUGUAUUUUGGAUUAGUUCAAAACCUUUACAGUAUAUACGGUUUCAGACCAUUGUUUAUUUUCUCAAAGAUGUAAUUUACUUAUCACUAUGAUUUUCUUCUGGAUCAUGAUAUAACUAUUGAUAUUUUAUUACACAAAUCUCAAUUAAUGAGAGUAUUUUGGAUUGAAAUAACAAAUGUGUUGAUCUUUUCCCAAAACAGAGUUUCUAGCUCAGGAGGGGGUAUUUGUGAUCAAUCUUUUACCUUGUGCAACAUGUUCUAGAUAAAGGAAACUGGAUUUUUCUGGACAUUUGUUAUCUGAUCUCUUCCUUAAGUGAAUAACUAACCUACAACAUAAUACAAUUUAGGUUAAAGUACACUAAUCGUCCCAGGGUGUUGGUGACACGCAUAAGUCAGGAAUCACAACUGGUAAAUUUGACCCUGUUAAUUCAAAAUAAUUGUAUUGAGUGCAUGGUUCCUAACAGUUCUAUAGUUAAUGGCACGGGAAGUUCUCAAUGAUUUCAAAAGUUUCUGGAACUGGUAUAUUGUGAAUAGACUUUCAGUCUCAAAACUUAAUACCUUAUAAUUUUCAGUCAACUUCAAGGUUUUUGAAUUCUACAAAAGGACUUCCAACAAUUCCCUGCAAUCUCCCUGAAUUACAAGAACUAAUUAUAGGCUGGAAAGGGAUACUAGGGUUUGUGGAUUUUGGAAAGGCCAUAAAUAUGGGGAUUUUAGAAAGGUGAGAAAUUAAUUUAGACCUUAAUUUAUCUAAUAAAUGUGCUUUGUAUUAUUUUCUUACGGUUAUAACUGCAACUGGUAAAUUUGAUCCUGUUAACUCAAAAUAAUUGCAUUGGGUGCAUAUUCCGUAACAGUUCUAUAAUAACUGGCACGGGAAGUUUAGUCUUUUUAUUUAAGGUUUAGUCUUCUUUGUGACGUGAUUCAAUAAUUUUAAGAGUUUCCCUAUUUAAAAUUUCUGUAAUCUUCUCUAUAUACUGAGUCAAGUACAACAGUAGUCUAAAUCGGCUGGUGAGAUUUUGACUGUUUUGUUUUUCCCAAGAGUUGACGUAGCCUUUUUUCUGUCUAUUGUCAAACUGGGCUUUGUGGAAUAAUUUUCUUGAUCCAAGUACUGGCCUCACAACGAAAUCAGUCACCCUGUUCCUCAGAUAACUGUGCAACAGCAAAAUUGAUUCCAGAUACAAAAUCCAAGCCAUCUUAUUUCUGCUUGAUGAUCGCCAUAUACUAUUGGCCUUUGGUCAAUUAUGUGUGAUUAAUUGAUGAUUAAGUGCAUGUUUUAUAGUUAGUGUGCAUGGAGUUGACACACACCAUGAUUGUUGUGAUUCCUGACUCGUGUGUCACAACGUUCUGGUAUAAUCAUACCAGAGCGUUUAUUUUAACCUUUGUUGUAGUUAUGUGUUAGAUUAGUUGUUCACUUGAGGAAGAGAUCAGAUUGUAGAUCUCGAAACGUAGAGUUAGUGAUAUUUUUUGUAUCACUGAACGAUGGCAAUUGUUUGGAUAAACCCGUUGACCCUCACAAUCCUUCUAUUGUCAAAAACCAACUUCAAACUAAGAAUGCUCUAGAUUUUUUGUUCAGGGACAUUAUUAUUAUUACAUUGCUUAAGAAGGGAGGGUUAUAGUUUGUUAAUUUUUGCUUACGAAAGAAGGAAAACCAAAAUAUAAACUUUUCUAUUAAGAGUUAAUGCAUUGAUAGGACUGCUGUUUGACAUUUUGAUCUUAAAAUCUGUAUGAUCUUUUUGACUAAGAGGAACUAUGUACCACGUUUGAAGUUUGUAGAAUAUUUUAAUGAAGAGGUUUCACACAGGCAGCUGGACAGUGUGACCUUGCACUUUUUGACCCCAAAAUUAAUUUGCUCCUUUUUUAGACCAAGAUGAACCUAUAUACCAAGUUUCUGAUAUCUGUCUACCAAGAUUUAUAGCAAUUGUCCUUUGACUUUUUCACCCCAAAAUCAAUAGCAUUCUUCCUUGAACCUACAGGAACUUGUACAUCAAAUUUCAAGUCUUUUGAACCUUUCUGUUAGAACCUGUUGUACAGAAUAUAAAUUUUCUUAUAUGUUGUUGCUUAUCCAACAGCUGCUCUUACCUUAAAAAGUGUAAAUAAGACUGAGGAAGUCAUGAGAGAAUCUCUGUCAGUACCUUAGAUCCUGGAUUUCAUUCUGAGUUAAUAUCAAGAAGUGUUAGUCAUUCUUCAGCAUUUUCUAAAUUAAUAAAUAAAUAUUUUCCUCCUCCCUCCCCAAUUACUAUCAUCCAUUAUUUCAAAAUUCAGAUAAAUACAUUUUUAUAUUGGUUUUUGUUAAAAUUUCCAUGUGCAAAUUAUUUUGAUAAAAAUCAACAUUUAGCUGCUGAGUUUCUGUAAGAUUUAAAAACUAGUGUUCUCCCUCCUGAUCUGAACAUUAAUUAAUUUAGUAUCAUUAAAUAAUUUAGCUCAAGUAAAGUUUAUUUGAAGAAAGUUCUCAUAAAUGUAUUGUUAGAAGUAAUCUUUACCAAUGUAAACGGACAAACCAAAGAUAAAAGUAGUGUUAACUCUUGUAAUUUAUGAUCUAACAUGACAUUAAUUAUAGUUCCUUUCCAAUUAACUAAACCAUUGAAAUUAAGUCUAGUCCAUAUUAUAUGUUUAAAGCCAUUUAUAUUAUGAACAGUUGUGUAUAACUAAAAAAUCAUUUACCCUUUUGAACAAACAAUGUUUUUCUAAAUGCUACUACUAAGUCUGUAUAUAUUGUAAUUAGUUCAUGUGUAGUAUUUUAAAGUGUACUCUAUAAGGGAAUUAUAGCCAUAUUUACUUUUGUAAUGUUACCUCAAAAAAUGAAACAGUGUGUGCCAAAUUUUAAAUAUAGCACAAUAAGUAGUUUUAGACUUCAUUUAUUCCUAAGAUGAUUUAUUUUGUUACAAAUUAGUAUAACGUGUUAAACAUAUGUCAAUUUUAUUGUACAGAUUGUUAUUGACAAGAAUUCGUUGGUUUCAGUUGAAUUAUUUUUGCACAAAGUUCUAUUAUUAAAUCAAAGCUGUAUAAAACGGUUGGAUGGGCAGCCACAUGCCAAUGCCACUUUCAACACACCAUUGACAUAAUAACGUCUGUAUACUGUUGUCACCUGUGUGUUAAUAUCAUAACUUAGUUUUGAAAGGUUAAAUGGUGUCAAUUGUUUAAACUGGAAAGGGGUAUUUUAAAGCCACUUCUUUUGGAAUGCUUAAGAUUGAAUAUAAUUACAAUUUUAAAUUAAAUACACAUAACAUAUUUAUUGAUAAGAUUUAUCAAUCCAACUCUUCAUAUAAUUAGUUGUCAUUAUUACUCUCCUUCAUUUAACCAGACAAUUCGUAACAAUGUCAAUUACAAUUGUAGGUGACUAAAUUUAAUUAAAAAUUUACUUGGUUUUACUGUUAAUUUUGUGUGAAAUAAUUUAGAAUAAACUAUUAAUUAAUUAUC